AUGGCUCCCAAACGUGAUAGAGUUGGUGCUACGAAUUCCAAGAACAAGAACGUAAAGAAACCCAAAUUAGAGAAGCAGCAGAAACCUGGGCCUAAACAAGUCAAAAGACCCAAGAAAACCAUCAAAAUACUGUCCAAGAAUAUCAACUACUCCCUAUGUGUUCCAGUCAGCAUCCUAGAUAACUGCAAAAACCUAGAACAAGUGACGAACGUUGUGUACCAAGUGGCAAAGGCGGCUAUCUUUUUCAAUGCUGGUGAAAUAGUCAUCUUAGAUCUGAAACGCAGUCAGGAUAAAGCCGGAACACCCGGCAAUGACGAAAAGAACGCUACGAAACGUGCUAGCUUUAAUCUGUCCCCCUCUUUACUGAUCGCGUCUCUGUUGCAAUUUUUCGUCACACCUCCGUACUUGGCGAAGUCUGUCUUCAAGAAACAAUACAGCCAAUGUUUGCAAGUCGCCUCGAAACUGCCGCGGAUCUCCGCCCUUCCGUUCAUGCGAUACACCAAUGAUGACAAGGGACGCUACCGCGAAGGCUUGGCUGUUACGAUGAACAAGCCCGGACAACCCGGAACAAAAGCUGGCACGAAGAAAAAGGCAUACGACCAAACUAAAUAUGUCAACGUGGGCCAAAGCGAACUAAUAGAGCUGCGAGGCCAACUUGUACCCGCAAACGUGCGCGUGACAGUUGACAUUGUAGAAUGCAAAGUGGUUUCACCAACUGAGGCGUACGGGGACUAUGUGGGUGCCCAGGCUUCGUUCGGGUACCAGGUUCGCGUGGCCCAAAACUUCGGCGAUAUCUUCACACAAAGUGCCUUUCCAGACGGCUAUUCGCAGUGUGUAUGGGUAAACAGCGGUGACUACUACUUCAACGCUGAGCUGAGAAAAAAUGUCAAACUCUCAACGAAGAUACCGCCGAUCCAGAAGAUUCUCAAGCCCACUCCAGAGGAAAUAGAGAGUGGAGAAGCCGAUAAACCCGCCAAUUUGAUGAUCGUUUUCGGCAAAUGGGACCAUCUGUCUCAGAGCUUCCAACAGUGCAGCGACAUGUUUGAGGACUGUGAUGGUGCACACCAAUUCUUCGACGGCCAGUUGCAACUACCGGGCUCGGUUCCCGAAGCAAAUAUAGGGAUUCAAGACAGCUGCAUGAUAGCACUAGCCAUGCUCUCCAGCCUGUGA